AUGCCGCCGCGCAUCGUCCGUCCUAGCCUUGCGUUUCCGCGUUGCCCGGCCGUGUCCAUCCGGGUACGCGCCAGAUACAGCACCAAGACCGAGGAUAAUGUUAUUCAGGUCCAGCAGGUGCCUGCGCCAGGAUCGGGACACGUACGGGUCCUGCUAUUGAACCGGCCCCAGGCUCGCAAUGCGCUCUCCAGACAGUUGCUGGACGGCCUGUCACGACAUGUCGAUUCGAUCGCUGCUGAGGAGGCCAACGGGCCCACGAGAGCAUUGAUCAUUGCAAGCAAUGCGGAUGCUGCCUUUUGCGCGGGUGCAGAUCUUAAGGAAAGGGCUGGAAUGACUAAAGACGAGACCAAUGAAUUCCUCUCGAAACUACGCGGAACCUUCAGCAACCUUGCUGCGCUUCAGAUACCCACUAUCUCUGCAAUCUCGUCCAUGGCUCUCGGUGGCGGUCUCGAGCUCGCCCUCUGCACCCACCUGCGCGUCUUCGGUUCCUCCAGUAUCGUCGGCCUGCCAGAGACAAGACUAGCUAUCAUCCCAGGGGCUGGCGGCACUUACCGUCUGCCUCGACUGAUCGGGAUGAAUCGCGCAAGAGACAUGAUCAUCACAGGGCGUAGGGUGACGGGCGCUGAGUCAUAUUUCAUCGGACUUUGUGACCGGCUCGUCGAGAUCACGCCGGAGGAGGAGGGUAAGGAGGGUGUAGCCAGAUCCAAGGUUCUCCGGGAGAGCAUCAAACUGGCCCUGGAUAUCUGUGAUGGUGGGCCUGUUGCCAUCAAGCAGGCUCUGAAAGCUGUGAGCGAGUACCAGAGAGGCGAGGCGGCAGAGAAUGAGGCGUAUGCGGGCGUGUUGGAGACCGAGGAUCGACUGGAAGCCUUGAGAGCUUUUGCAGAGAAGAGAAGGCCUGCUUUUAAGGGACGCUGA